CUUUUAUCAUUUAAAGAUUAUUAUAUUCGGCAACUUUUAAUAUUAUCGCGAGAGUUCAGCACCUUUUCUUCGUGAUUACAAAAAUAGUAGCCUCGAUCGGCCUUUCUCCGUGGUUCACCGUUCCGGUGUUCUACAGAGAGACAGGUAGAGAGACGAUGAGGAUUCUCGAUGGAGGAACCGACAGCGGAUUGGUCUCGUUGGUCCGUUCUAAAAGCAUGGAGACCGCGUACUACGCCUCUCGCCAUUCCCGCGGAGUCGCGUCGUCGUCGUCGUCGUCAUCGUCGUUGUCGUUGUUGUCGUUGUCGCCUGCCACAAAACUCAAACCAACACGAGAGGAUUGAUUGAUUCUCGACAGGACAUUCUGAAAUAGAAAAAAAAGAAGGAAGGAAGGAAGGAAGAAGGAAGGAAGGAAGAUCACUCGAAGUACUCCCACAUUUUAAACGUUAAUGACUAAUUAACCAUACAGUUAAUUUUUCUGGGGGUCGUCGUCUGUCUCUCUUUUACAUUCAAAGAGAUAAAACACAUCAUCGAACAUAUUCCAUACACAUUUACAAUUCGUACUGGCGAUGAGUUUGAAAGUUAAACUGGUGAUUCCGAGACAGGAGAAAUCACGUGAAGCGUGAAACGAUUAAUGCGUCGACGUGCUCGGACAGGAAGGCUCGAAGGUUGACAGGAUGGGUAGAAACUUGAGAAGCUCCAGAGAGAGAGGGGCAAACGUUGUGGUUCUUUUGGAAAUCGGAUUGCUUCCGUAUUAGCUUAAGCCGUAAGAAUAUAUCCGUGGAUUCGAAAGUAGGCCGAGUUCCGGUCUACGCGUGCAUUGAGUCUACUUAAUCAGGAUGAAAUCCAAGACUCCGGCAACAAUAGCCUCGCGAUGCCCGAAGGACCGGUGGGCAAAAUGAAAGCUCCUGAGAAACAAUGGAAGCGUCCACGCAAGCAUGACGGCCUCUUUCAGAUUCGUGGAGACCAUGUUUAGCCGUGCCCAAGGGAAACAUUCUUCUUACAAAGCUCGUGUUCGUCGAGCCAACCGAAGAAUAUCAACGGUCGGCUGGUGACCGUGUCGACGAGAAAGCUGAACUGCCGGAGGAGUAUGUUAGUUACAAGGCAACACCCUCUACGAGGGCGCAUAUUACUCGCCCUAUUCUUACUCGUCGGAAGUUUUGCGUUGCCAUCGAAAGCGGCAGCAUUUCCUGACUGGACGGAUUGCCCUGCCGUUUGCAGAUGCAAGUGGACGUCCGGGAAAAAGUCGGCCUUAUGUCCGGAUGCUGGACUGACCUCACUUCCAGCUUCCUUGGAUCCGGACAUGCAAGUGUUGGAUUUAUCCGGCAACAAAAUACCGGCCUUACAAUCGGAGAUAUUCAAGCGUGCCGGUUUGUUGAACCUUCAAAGAGUCUUUUUGAGAAACGCCGGCAUUCACGAGAUUCACGCGGACUCGUUCAGAGACAUGAGGAUACUCGUGGAAAUCGAUCUUUCGGACAAUCACGUGAAAAAUCUCGAGCCAGACACUUUCCUCGGUAACGAGAGGCUUAGGAUUCUUAUACUCAGCGGUAAUCCUUUGGGCAAGCUCAAGAGCCAUCAAUUUCCUGUUCUCCAACACCUUAGGACUUUGGAAUUACAGAGGUGUUCCUUGACCGAGAUACACGGGCAAGCCUUCGUCAGACUCGCAGGCUUGGAAUCUCUCAAACUCGAUAGCAACGAACUCGAGUACUUGGAUGCUCCGGUCAUAUCGAGUCUACCACGUCUCAAGACUCUUACCUUGGACGGCAAUCAUUGGAGUUGCGAUUGCAAAUUACGAGGAUUUCGUACUUGGUUGAUACCGGAGACCCCAAGCAAAUUGUAUUCCGUGCCACAGUUUUGUUUCGGGCCGAAAAGACUAGAAGGUCGAAGAUGGGAAGAAGUGAAGCCAGGUGAAUUCGCUUGCGAACCUGAGGUAUCCGUAUCGGCAAGUACCACCCAAGAGGAGAGCAAUGGUAAUUUGAGUCUCGCGUGUUUGGCCACCGGAGAUCCGGAACCCGAAGUAUGGUGGCAACUGAACGGUGGUCCCGUUAACGCAACGAGAAUUUCCGAUCAAGCUUACGUUGGGACGUACGUAACUCGUGUAUCCUCCGACACGAAUCUCGUCUACAACGAGAAAUCCGAGAGAGCUACCAACAGGUGGAGCAAUUUAACUGUUUACAAUGCAAGCGACGGGGACGCAGGAGAGUACGCGUGUUACGCAAAAAACAUAGCUGGUCUUGCAAGGGACACCGUAAGCAUAGCCAUACCACGUGUCUACACGGCACCAACAUUGUCCCAGAGCGACAAUUGGUUACUUUGGGUUAGCCUAGCUGGCGGUGGGGCAGCUGCUCUUGGUGCUUCCGUUUCUGCCAUUCUAUUGGCAUGCUGCUUGUGCGGUGGUAGCCGUCGUAACGGCAAACGAGAGAAAGUCAAAUUGCAAGGGAGUACGAGCUUCGGUGAUCAAGAAAAGAAACUUUUGGAUCUAUCAGUGACUACUACGACGGCUGGUAGCGCGAACGAUCGUGCCAGUGGUCAUGGUAGUUUGGCCGAGGCAUGUAGCACCGGUGAUCUCGAACUGGCCGAACGUGUUUCUAUCUGUGAUCACAUGGGAGCUGCCACGGUGACGGUAGAAAGACUUAGACCGGAGAUAAGCAAUUCGACUAGCGUGUGUCGUGCCAUUCCCUGUCCCGCCGGUUUUCCCCCGCCUCCACCGGAAUUUACAACGGGUGUUUUGCCAGCCGGUAUUUUCGGCAACAUCUUCAUCUCCGUCUCUUUACCCCAGGACUCGACGGAACGUUGUUACCCGGAUUUAUUGGACAUUCCGGUCCACGGUGCGGUAAGUGGCGUUACCGAGAAAAACACGGUCGCUGCUUUACCCUCCACCCCCUGUGUAUCGAGUUUUGCUACGCUUCCUCGACGAGCCCUUCGAAACGCAACGGAUCUUGGUUCACCCUACGACAAUAUGGGCCCGAGGGUCACUGCCAACGGAAGUUCCGCCUUCUCCCUGACCGACGUCGAUUUGAGAUUAUCCCCGCCGCCACCCCCGCGAAUCAUACAACCACCCCACGAGUUCGUCUCUCUUUAGACUAAAUCUAUCCUAGAUUCGCGUAGAUAUCUUCGUGUGCGCGAUAAUAAAGAAAAAAUAUGAACUAAAAGCCGUGAUCGAUCGGCUGAUUUGGAACUCGUUCGAUGCACGCGUCAUCUCGGUUCGUUGCUCGCGAGUUUCUUCAUCUUUUUUCUUUCUUUCUUUCUUUCUUUCUUUCUUUCUUCCUUUCUUAACGUCUGUCUUUUACAUUCAGCCGAUAAAAGAGACUCCAAGGCUGAUCCUAGAGCUAAAGGAACGAACAGAGAGACUUAUUCUCAACGUGAUCCCUCCUUUGUGAGAGGGAUAUAGAAAUAAAGGAAAAGAAAAAAAGAAAGAGAGAAAGAGAAAGAGAGAGAGAGAGAAAAGAGCGUAUUAUGACGUUCUCGAGAUUCCAGGACAGAGACACGAAGAGAAACCGGUGAUUCCAGAAAAGGAGCAAUUUUAGCUACGUGUCAGGUUGACACCUGUCUCUGAAUUUUGAAUAUCUGUCUGUCCGCUUGUCUGCCCGCCUUGCCUGCUUGCGUGAGUGCCCGAGAAUAUCUCGUAACCCAAAUGACGAAGAGAAUACGAUCAAAGAUAAAGAACAAGAGUAAGAGAUAAAAAAAACGAUGGGGAAAUAAAAAAAGAUAAAAAUACUUAUACAUAUAUAAAAAAAAAAAAAAAAGAAAGAGAAAGAGAGUUUCCUUUUUAGUCGUCGAUGUCUCCGAAAAAAAAAAAGAAAGAAAAAAAAGAAAAUGACAAUGGGACAUUUGUACAUAGUUCGCGAAUCUCCUCCUCCUCCUCCAAAAAAAAAAAAUAAAUAAAAGUUCAUCGAACGAAUCGAUAACCGUGAGACGAACGAAAGAAGAAGAAGAAGAAGAAGAAGAAGAAGAAGACAUGAACAAAAAAAAAAGAAAAAAAAUGAAGAAAAAAUCUUUCCUUCUUUCACGGCCGAUUAUUUCUUCUCCGUACCUUUGCAUCCCUCCUCCCCCUAACCAAUCAUCCAACACCACCACCCAUUUCCGUCUCCUAUCGUAAUCCUCAUUUCCCAUACCUCAAAUUUUCUUCCUUCUCCACUGCCACCCAACCAACCACCCCCAACCACCCACCCACCAAUCAUCCACUCUAUCCUGAAAACCACCUCUACAUUCAUUCUCAAAGUAUAUCACUAGUUUGUUACAUAAUCUUCGUGUGUACAUAUUUGUUAUUACGUAACACGCAUUACGACGAGACACGUCUCUCGGUGUCAAAAUCCACGUGAGUUUUAAGCGUACGCGAAUCCACGUGGGAGAUACAUCGGUAUUCAUUAUGAACACUUUGUCAAUUAAUAAAACGAUUGAAUUUUA